AUGGUUGCUGCCUGGUUGCUGCUGCCUGACGAGGGUGGAGCUGCUGCUGCCUGCUGGAACGUCGACGAUGGUGGAGGCGGCGGGGCGACGAGGGUGGAGGCGGCGGGGUUGUUGCCCGGUUGCUGCUGGUGGAGGGUCGACGAAUCGAAGUCGACGAGGGUGGUCUUGUGGCUGGUGGAGGGGAGUCGGGGAGAUGAGAUGAGAGGCAAUGAGGGUGGUCUUGCGCCGCUGCGCGAGAAGGGGGAAGGGGGAAGUUAG